AUGAUGGAGCUCAAGAAAGCUUCCGAUUCCGUCAAAUCAUGGGACACAACCUCCAUCUCUUUGGCAGCUGGCUGCGAUCUGUUCAUGCACUACGUAACAAGAACUUCAGCUCUGGAAUAUGAGGACUUUAAUUUGGCUAAGUCUCGCUUUCUUGAACGUUCAGAGAAAUGUGGGGAGAUAUCUUAUAAGCUCGCAAAAUCAUUGCCAUGCUUGGUCAAGAUUUUAUUUUUGACAGUUGUACCAUUUUGGUGCAUGGUUUCUCUCGAGUUUUAUGCACAGGGAAGGCCAGACAGGACAGGAUUACGAUUGUCCAAUGAGCUAGCAAAGCUUGAUGUUCUUGUGAAGCUCUUAAUAGACUCUGCUGUGGCAUAUAAUAUGGAUGAAGUAGACAUGAUAUUUGUUGGGGCGGAUGGAGUGGUGGAAAGCGGAGGUAUAAUUAACAUGAUGGGGACUUAUCAAAUAGCAUUGGUGGCUAAAAGCAAGAACAGACUGGUUUAUGUGGCUGCUAAAAGUUAUAAGGUAUGUGAAAACAAAUCUCGAGGAGCCUGA